CUUUUUCUACAGGCAACAGUGCUGUCUUUUUUAAACCCUAUAAGGCAUGAAUCCAAGUGUUUGGAGCGAAGGUAUGUAUUCUUCUAGCAGCAUUUGCCUUGACGGCUUUCACGCAGAGCAUCUCUCCUCUUUUCAACUGGACCCUGUGCUAUCAAAUGUAGAUGUGUCAGCACACAAAAACAGUGAGGACCGAAAAAUGCUAUCGGAGAGUGCCUAUUACAGAAGUGGGGAUGCUGGUUCAAGUUUGAUGAAUCCAUCCAAAGACAGCACGACUGGACAUUCACCCAUAAGAAGGCACCCGUUUCCUGCAUCCAGUUCCUGUGGUCAUGAUGAGUGGAACUUAAACAGUGGCCAUCAGGCAAAGCGUGCCAGAGUAGAAAAUAUCAUCAAAGGCAUGACCAGCUCUCCAGGUAUGCACUGCACCAAUGUGACCAGAAACCAAUGCGUGAAGACAGACGGCAUGCAGGAAAAGGAAACGAUACAUGAGCAGGACUACGUGGGAACGAGUGGAUUUGGCAGCCAGAGAACAGGAAAGCAGCUGGAGAAUCAGCAUCUCAGAGCAAGGUUGGACCAUGUGGACGAAGUAAUCGACACUAAAGACGAGGACGAAUCUCCUGAAACAUCUCCAAGGGACGCAUUCACAGAUUCAUACAGUGAGUUUCAGACCAGCUCAAGUAGAGAAUAUCAAGGACGGAAGUCGGUGAUGAGCUACUUCCAAUCCCAACCCGAGAGAAUAAAGCUGAUGGCAGAGGUUUUAAAGUAUGAGCUGUCCAGAGCUGUCAGUAGGAGCGUUGACUCUAUUUUCAAAAGCAUGCCACUUAUACAAACAAACAUUGAGGGGAAUGCAGAGACAGAUAUACGUCUUCAGUCAUCAGUUGGUGAAGAUGAAUCAGGACUAACCUGUUGUGGAAAUGCAGAGGUGCAAGUCCCAGAUGUUCAAACCGAAGCUCUGUCUCUGGUCGUACAAAAGUCUCGACUGGAAAACAAGUUUGUCCUUCACCAUCGUCCACAACCUCCAAUCCUGUUCUGGAAUCAUGACUCUAAAGAUCAGCCGUCAGAGAGGAAUCACGAAGCCGUCUGUCAACAUGCCCUCAGGUGCUCUCAGGAUGCAUGCUCCAGAGUUGGUCCGGCAAAGUUUGACACCCUUCGGAAUUCAAUCAAAGUGAGGUCGAAGGUCAACUCCAGGUCUGUGAGAAGCCCACAGACUCACACUGUGUCUGUGGACCCCACGCUGAUGGAAAGCCCUGGUCUCCCUCAUGUCAAUAUAGAGUCCGACUGCCUAGUGAAGACCAACCUGUACAUGCUGAAUGAGGGUCUGACCACAAAUCAUCUGAAGAAAGCAAAGCUCAUGUUCUUCUACACGCGCUACCCGAGUUCCCUGGUGCUAAAGAUGUGUUUCCAUGAUGUGCAGUUCUCGCGCUGCAUCACCUCUCAGCUCAUCAAGUGGUUCAGUAACUUCAGGGAGUUUUUCUACAUCCAGAUGGAGAAGUUCGCCCGUCACGCUCUCAUCGAAGGAGUCUCCGACGUGCGGGGUCUGACUGUGGAGAGACAAUCAGAACUUUUCAGAGCUCUCAACAUGCACUACAACAAAGCCAACGACUUCCAGGUCCCUGACCGUUUCCUGGAGGUUGCAGAGAUUACAUUAAGAGAAUUUUACAUUUCCAUUUCAAUGGGCAAAGACCGUGAUCCCUCGUGGAAGAAAGCGAUCUACAAGAUGAUGCACUGAGGCUGGAUGUCCGCAGGAAAAUCAAACAUGGUCUUCAUCAGCGGUGCUGUGUGUUCGGUAAUUUUCGAUGAUCCAUUUUUUGUCUUCAGUGCAAAUACAAAAUUCUCAGCAGGUAAAAUUGUAGGCCAUUUGCUUCACAAGUGUAACGUUUGUAAAUAUAAAAAGUAUAUUCAAAACGGAAUUCAAUUGCUUACAUAUUAACCAUGAUAAUCACACUCAGUGAGACUGAAAUUGGGAACUAAAUACGAACAAGCAGUUUGAACUUAGGCAUUCGAAAUAACGUCUUUGAAUUAUUUCCCAGGUCACCUAUUAUGCACAAAUUAAGUGUCCCCUCUAGGAAAGAGAUUCGGAAAGUUUCAGGAAUAAAUAUUCUCUCUCUUUUUGUCCUGAUCCAUUUAUAUAAAAACCUGUCUGAAAAUGUGCUGAUCAGAUUUUGGCCACUUAGUGAUGUCACAAUGUUUGAAUAGGUUGUGCAACCAUUAGCUAUCAUUAAUAAUCAGCUGAAUGUGGUACAGGUAACAUUUUUGUAUCUUUACUCUCGAUGUAAAAAUGUGGUUUAAAGUCUAAAAAAAAUAGAAUUAAGACAAACAAAUAAAAUACUAUUCUAGUCAUGAAAAGUCACUGUAGGCUCGACUUGUCAUUGAAGUAACCAGGGUUUAAACACUUGAUUCACAAUAUUCCCAGUAUUCCCAACUUCCCGUAGUUCAUCAGGAUAAAUUGUGGUUCUAUGGAA